AGACUUUGUAUAAAUUCCCUUUUCGUCCAUUUUAGGGUUUUCGACGUCUCCGAGCCAACACGAGCAGCAGCGGCAACAGCACUUCAACGCCAGGAGGCUCACAAUGGCGAGGAUUAAGGUUCACGAGCUCAGAGACAAGUCGAAGACCGAUCUACUAAACCAGCUUAAGGAACUCAAGGCGGAGCUCGCGCUCCUCCGUGUUGCCAAAGUCACCGGCGGUGCUCCCAACAAGCUCUCCAAAAUCAAGGUGGUGAGGAAAUCCAUUGCACAAGUGUUGACAGUGAUUUCUCAGAAGCAAAAAUCUGCUCUGAGAGAAGCAUACAAGAACAAGAAGUUUCUGCCUCUCGAUCUUCGUCCCAAGAAAACCCGUGCUAUCAGGAGGCGCCUCACUAAACACCAGGCAUCAUUGAGGACGGAGCGAGAAAAGAAAAGAGAUAUGUACUUCCCCUUGAGGAAGUACGCAAUCAAAGUGUAAUCCACUUCCCAUUUUGAUGCGUUUAGUAUUCGAUGGAAAACAUGUUCUCGUCACUCUCUCUCUCUCUCUCAUGUUUUUGUCAGACUCGGACAUUAUUAGUCGGUUGGAUUUUGCAAAAUUUCCAGUUUCGUACGUUGGAACAGCUGUCUUAGUUAAUUCAUUUCGAUAAAAUUGAAGUUAAAUGCA